AUGGAAGGAGUUUUUGCCAAGCCCUCACUCUCAGCCCAUCCUGGCCCAGCAGUCUCUCCAGGAGGGGAUGUAACCCUACAGUGUCAGACCCAGUACAGCUUUGACCAAUUUGCUCUGUACAAGGAAGGGGACACGGGGCCCUACAAGGUACCUGAGAGAUGGUACCAGGCUGACUUCCCCAUCAUCACUGUGACUUCUGCCCACAGUGGGACCUACCGCUGCUACAGCUUUUCUAGUUCAUCUCCGUACCUGUGGUCAGCCCCCAGCAACCCUCUGGUGCUGGUAGUCACAGGAGCCUCUACAACCCCCAGACAGGUGCUCACAGAGGAAUCAUCCUCCACAACAGAACUCCCAGAAGCCCCCAGGAGACCAUUCAUCUCACCCAUCAACAAAGUCUCCACAACUGAGAUGUCUAGGAAUAUCACUGUCUCUCCAGCAGGGUCAAGCCCUCCACUUGGGCUUGCCCAUCAGUACUACACCAAGGAGAAUCUGGUCCGGAUAUGUCUGGGCGCCGUGAUUCUAAUACUCCUGGUGGGGAUUCUGGCAGAGGAUUGGUACAGCAGGAAGAAACCCCUGGUGUACAGGGGCAGAGUUGUGCAAAGACCACUCCCACCCCUCCCAAAGACCCAGAAGUCACAUGGCUAUCAAGAUGGGUGCCACCAUUACAGUCCCAGGCAAGGUCAUGGCCAAGAGACAGACCAUGGGGAGAUGAUGUAAAGACUGUGAAUGAAUGUAACAGGAGGACAGAAGCUACCAGGAAGAGAGGAGGCUAUGGGGUCACUUCAUCAAAGAGCUGUUGAGCCAGAGUCUACUUGGCUCCCUGUCCACAGGGAGGGAAGGAAUCUAGAGGAAGCCUAUAUCCUCACUGAUACCUUUCACAUUCAAUAUGGACGACCAUAUUAACUGGACCACCAUACUGGCCUUUCUUCAACUUUCCUUAAUAUGGGUUCCACAUUGGUUGGUCUCCAACAUUUCCAACUCUCACAGCUGUUCUAUCCUUUGUGCAAAAUCCUUCCAUCUUCCCCUGGCUAUGUUUUUCUGUGGUUUUCCCCAAAUCUAGCUCUCACCCUAACCCUAUCUUAAGCUACACUCUGAAAAAUCUCCUUUUUUUUUAAUUAGAAUG